UACGCGAGGUUUGGUAUUCUUAUGUAAGGUUCCUAAUGAGGUUGGACAUCUUAAACAAGGUAUUACAAGAGCUUGGAAAGCAAUGAGGUUGGACAUCUUAAACAAGGUAUUACAAGAGAUUGGAAAGCAAUGAGGUUGGACAUCUGAAACACGGUACUACAACCGACUAGAAGGUUGCACAUCUUAAACAAGGUAUAUUUACAAGAGAACAAGUGAAAUGGCGUUCUAUACAACUUUUUAGUUAAAUUAUGCACACUCACCGUGGUGUUAUUUUAAAAGUUUUCUUUUGUGGUUUUGUGGGAAAUGCGACGAGAUUCGAGUUUCUAACAGUUGUGGGUUCUGGGUUCAAGGAUUUACUGUUUAUUUUGUUGUGGAGUGUUCCCAGGUAGAAUAUCGAUGUUUACGGAUUAAAUGAUAAAAAUCAUGUUUAGGGAGAAGUUGUUUUAAAUUGGUGGUUUAGUGACUACAACAACCACAGACCCAGGAAAUGUUUUAAUUUGGUGACAAAGUGUUUAGAACAACUGACUGCAAUAACCGCAGACCCGGGAGAUGUUUUAAUUUGGUGACAAAGUGAUUAGAACAACUGACUACAACAACCGCAGACUCAGGAGAUGUUUUAAUUUGGUGACAAAGUGAUUAGAACAACUGAUUAAAACUAUGGAUUACAGUACAGACAACAUCACUCUGACCACCAUGGACACGUUAUUAAACAUAUCAGGAACGAAUGUACCGAGUGAACAGCAGCAGGAAUGUAAAUUGGGUUAUAUCCCCGGCGUUGCCAGCCAAGCAACCGUUGAUCGACUAAAACAUUUUGCAAUAGAGUACACAGUCAUUCAUGGCUAUAUCAGUGCUAUUGUUUGUACGUUUGGAAUAAUGGCGAACAUUGCCAACAUCAUAGUCCUGACUCGUAAAAAUAUGAUAUCGUCAACUAAUACUAUUUUAAUGUGGCUGGCUGUGGCUGAUCUCUUCACUAUGAUGUCUUAUUUAUCUUUUGCGUUUUGUUUUUAUAUUUUUAGGGAACCGAACCUGGAGAAAUUUUUAACGCGAUCUUUCGCUCGUAUCGUGCUUCUCCUGUUCCAUGCUAGUUUCAGUAUGGUGUGUCACACGGUGGCCAUCUGGUUGACCAUUGCCUUGGCUAUAUUCCGGUAUAUCUAUAUCUGUUUGCCAACUAAAGGCGCCAUUUAUUGUUCAUUACGAAGAGCUAAGCAGACUAUAUUGGUUGUGUAUGUACUGACGGUGAUCCUAUGCGUCCCUAAUUAUAUAUCAAACCGAUACUACACAAAGACGACCGUCGUAAAUUCGUCGCAAUUGGCCAAUUCAACAAACGAGACCAACGUACUGGUAACCGAAACUGUGUAUUUACCCGGCUCGAUGGAAGGAUCCGAUAUGGCCGUUGCUAUUUUUACCCUUAAUAGCUGGAUUCAGGCGAUACUGUUUAAAUUAAUUCCAUGUGCUAUGCUGACCACGCUCACUAUUCUCCUCAUCCACGCCAUGCAUAAAGCUUAUCGUAAACGUAUGAGGUUGAAGUCGCAAGGCCGUAAAGCAGAAUCGGAAAAGCAUGGCGAACAUAACCGUACUACCGGUAUGCUGUUAGCUGUCGUGGUCCUUUUCACAUUGACUGAACUUCCCCAGGGAAUUCUGACUCUCAUGAACAUAUUUAAACAACAUCAGUGUUUUAGACAAUAUGUUUACGAUGCGCUCGGGGACUUGGUCGAUACAAUGGCCCUAAUGAAUAAUUCCAUUAAUUUCGUUCUAUAUUGUUCGAUGAGCAAACAAUUUAGGGAUACCUUUAUGGGAAUAUUCUGUAAAUGUUUUAAUAAAAAUCCUCAAGGGUUUUUAAAGAUGAUGCCAGUAACCGCGGCAACAGCAGCGAAUGGUCAUGGAGGUGUUGGCGAAUCGAAGAGGAUGAAUACUGUCUAGAUAGAUUAAAAUAUAGAUCCAUAUUUCGUCUCGUUUUCUAUAAGUUCGAUGGCCUCCACUACACGAGCAGCUGACCAUCUGUAGUGGGAUGCCGUGUCUGGGGUCAUAUGAACAUCAUUUGACCUAUGACCUUAUUUACAUGAACAAACAACCAAGAUGUGUAUUUUGAGUGGGUGUUCGGAGAUAUUACUUUUUCUUUGAUUUGUGUUCUGACGUGACGGAUGUCUACCCAGAGUCCCUAGUACUAGAUGACAAGAACUUGACUCAACACACCAUUUGAUUGGCUAAUCCCUCUCAUCAACCAGAACACAGGUUAUUAAAAUAACUCUUCAGAUUCUAGUGUAGUGAAGACAAGUAAAACUAAAUUAUGAACUAUAAAAAACGAAACGGAAUAUAAUCUGUAUUUAUAUGAGGUUGAAGAAGUAUGUUGAUUAUUGUAUAAAAAGCCCUGUACUUAGAAGAAGAUACUGGGAAAUAUUUAUUAUAUAAGUAUUUAUAGUUUAUUUGAUGACGUAAUAAGUGAUUUGAUGACGUAUGUACAGUAAUAAGUGAUUUUAUCAACAGUGUCUUAUCAUUAAAGUUGUGUUUCAUGUGACGUCAUAUAAUAACACCCUUAAACCAGGUUCACACUGGGGUGGGGGUGGGGUGGGGUCGUUAGCGCGUACGUGUGACAUCAUUAGGUCUGUCAUUUGGUCAAGUGGCGUUAUUUUCAUUCUUCAGGAGUAGGAUCGCCUGUCCAGCCUCGUGGGUUUUCUCCGGGUUUUCCGGUUUCCUCCCACUACGCAAGCAAAUUAAUGAAAAAAAAAUGGACCAUAUGUUAUUCUCAAAAUGAGCUAGUUUGUGUCGAGUGGAUGUUAAACCCCAGUUCUCCCUCUCUCAGAUUCACGCUGAUUGAAUGUGUAGAGAUAAAACAAUAAGCAUGGUCGGUUAGCUAAACAAUAUACGCUAAGCGGUCAUGUUUUAUUUAUCGUUUGUCGGAUUAGACCAAUCAUAUUGAAUAGAGACACGCGACAUUCAAAAUGGUGACUCUUAUAGAAGUUUCUUGAUUGAUUGAAUCCAAAUUGAAAUGAAAUGGGGUUUAACGGUAUACUGUUAUUAUUGAUAGAUGAGGUGAAAUUAUAAAAUGAAAAGACCCAAGGACAAUUUUGUUAAAUUAAGUGUCCGGUACUAUUAGGAUAUUAUUUGAUAUCAAGUCGUUGUGUUAUUUGAUUGUCUCGAUUAUGUUUAUGUUUGACAGUAUACGGAUCUGUUUCAAUCAGUGAAAUAAAAUGGGGUUUAACGUCUUGCUCUUCUCUAAAAUAUCAAUUUCCGGUGUGGUCCCCCCUUGUCAGUGGCUCAGGACGGAGGACCUGACAAGGACAACUGUCUAGUCGCUCGGAUGGGACGAAAAACCGAGGUCCCAUGUACUCAUUGGCAUUCCCGUAAAAGAUCCCUUGGCAGUUAGUUGAAAUUCGAUAUAAGAAAGCCAUAGCGCCGCUGUCCGGUCAAAAUUUCCCUCACAGCACACUGUAAGGCAUAUACCCGUCUUCAUUAGCCCAGUUCGGAGUAGGACAUUAGGACAUUAAACCCCAUUUUAUUUCAUUCCUAAAACAUCAUAGAGGAGGAAUACAGAUUUCUAAAACCAUCAAAUGCCUCUGUAUUUAAACCUGAUAUUUCUCUGACAGUGUUUUGUAUGAAAAUAAUACAUUAAAAAAAAAGGCAGUGUUUUAUAUAAACAUAAUACAUAGUUAAAGAUUUAUUCACAAUACAAUAAAAGACGAUCAAAUUAAAAAGUUGAUAAAUGCACGUGGACGAACACUUCAGUAUCGGUCUAGUACAAGUUGUUCUAGAAGUUGAUAAAUGCACGUGAACGAACACAUCAGUAUGAAUGUGGUACCAGUUGUUCCAGAAGGCGUACUUGUCUAUGUAUGUCUCUCGUUGAUAUUUAUAUCUAUGUUAAAAGUGUCACCAGAUGCUCUAGAUAGAGUAAGCAGACUGACUCUACCCCAGCCUUCACUAUCUAUAGCUAAGUGACAUACGCAUUAAACUGCCUCGUGUAUGACACCCAUGGCUAUUUAUCUUCAGUUCUGAGGGACAGGACACAUACAGUAUGGCUUCAGUUGGGAAUUUAAAAAUACAAAUUCUCGACUGGUGAAUAUACCACUUCUCGAACUUCAAGUCAUCGAAAGUAUUCCAUCUUUAUCCGGCGAGUAAUGGAUGACGGACGAUCCUCCCAUCUAGUUCACAAAACAAUAAAUCAGGAAAUGACGUAUACGUAUAUUAUGUCGAUCAUGUACCCUGUAUGUAACGUGUUUAUAUAGGCAACUCCCCAAAGAAUGUUUAAUUUCCCCGUAUAUCAAACAUGUGUUUAAA